AUGGCUAAGAUUUUAGUCUACCUACGGAAUUCUGAACAUUGGAGAGAACUCAAAUGGACUUUUCCAAACUCCGUAGAUUUAUUGACUCAGCUGAUCAAAAGACAUUUACAAUGUGCAUUUCCGUCAAACGAGUUCAUCGAAUUUUCCAUCUCACUUUCGGAGUCGCUAUUACAAGGUAUCAUAAUCUUGAUUGGGGGCAAAGGUAAUAAUGACGCCAAGAAAGCAGCUGCUUCAUUUGUCGAACACAUUGGUAAAAUUGGAGAGUCUAAUCCCUCAAUCUCAGUGGAGGUCGUUCGAAGAAUUUUAAAAUUAACAUCAACCCGGCCGAGCGGAUCGAGAAAUUUUGGAUUGUGUUGUUGGGAGACGAUUUCCCUGUUACUCGAAACGGAUGCCUUGAAGCCUCUUGAGCAACAUGGCGAUGGUCGAAAACUACUCCAAUCUAUCCUCCACAUGGUCACUCGUAAUUUAAAUCAACCCAAGGUUUCUGUGAAUCGAGUCUUGACUGGCUCGAAAAUGUUGCGUUCUUUUAUGGCUCUCGAGUCUUCGCAUCAACGUCUGACGAGUUCCUUGAACUUCUUCUAG